AGAAAACAGAUGCAUCCGCUCUCGCUAACUCCAAAAACUGUGUGGUCUGGGCGUGUUUCUGUUGUUGGCUUGCUUAUCUUUCUGCGAUGCGUCCACUGAAGCCCUGAAUCUUUCGCCUGAUUCUGUUUCUCUUCGUCUCUUCCAUUCUCAUUCUUCUUUUCUUCUUGAUUCCCGCUGUGACACGGCAGUAAAUUCCCUUGUUUCCCCAGUAAUUGAUAUCCAAUCCCGCCAUCUGCUGUAUGUGUCACUAUCCUUGUGUUCCCUCCUUGCUAUCUAAUAGCGGAGUUGUCACACACUCCAACUCCGAUCUGCGCGGGAUAACAUAAAAAGAAACAAGAAAACAGGGAACGAAAAAGUCCGUCCUUAGAUCAUCGACAUGAGACGGAUCCCCUUCUACUCCUCAUCGUGCUUCUCUUUCCUCCACGCGGGGCUCCUAACCGCCUGUCUCUCUCCGCUCCUCUUCUCCAACCCCGUCCAUGCGGCCAGCAGGAAGUGCUACCUCCCCAAUGGCGAUGUUGAAGAGGGUGACGCGCCUUGCUUCCCGCAGAACCCUGAAUCCGCCUGCUGCGGCGGGAGCGAAUAUGUCUGCGCGACAAAUAAUAUGUGCGCCCACUACAAAGGCGGCUACUAUGUCAUAGGCAGCUGUACAGAUCCCACGUGGAACAAUCCCGCGUGUCCUGGAUAUUGUUUCUUCCGCGACCACAUCCACAACUCCGUCUACCGCUGCACAGACGAUACAUACUGCUGCCUCGACGGCCCAGAAUGUAACUGCACCACCAACGCCAACACGCAAAAAAUCUUUGACUUCCUCCCCUCCUAUUCGUCCCUCGUCGGCUCCUCUGUCUCUCUCAACACCGCGGCUCAGACUACAUCCCUAUUCACCCCACCCGGCGCAACCCCGCCGCCAACAACGUCAACAUCAGCGACUUCAUCGGCCGAAUCCACUGAAUCGACCGCAUCGACAACUACUACGGGCACGGAAUCCAAAUUCACUACUCCGACUAGAUUAAGUUCAGGGUCUGGGACAUCAGGGGUAAACCCUACUGGUGCCGUAGAGGGGGCUGCGGGCGGACCCACUCCCGCGCCGGAAUUACCUAUGAACCAAUAUAAUGAUAACGAUAUUGGUAUGAAGAUUGGGCUGGGCGUGGGUAUUCCACUGGGAGUUAUCGCAGUGCUUCUUGCUGCAUUGGUAUAUCGCUUGUGGAAAAGGGGCGCUGGUGGGAAUGUCAAUGCUGGCCCUGGUUCUGUCCCUGGCGGUGCGGGAUCUGGGUAUGCUUCUGGAUAUACUUCAGACGCUGGUGCUGCCGCUGGCGCUGGCGGUAUCGCUGGUUUCUUCAGUCGGAUGUGGCGAAAGGACGACGUUUCAACCUAGCUAAGAAUACAU